UCUACCCCAAUUUCUCCACGCUCCUCCACCCUCCACCCUCCACCCUAACAAAGGAAACUAGAAGGUACCGCUUAUAACCCUACGUGCAUUUUUCAAUAAUUGAGUUUCUCAGAUUACUAGAGUAUAUUAUAUGGAUAAAUUUUAAUUUACUAUAAUAGAAGUAAAAUAUGUUGAGUUAAUAUAGUGUUGCGGUUCUCUAAAUUAGCCUAUUAAGUAAUUUAAAGUGUGUUUAGGUGUCGGUCAUCAUCCGUUUAUUUUGAAGAUGAGUGCUACAAAACUAAGAAUUGUAGUAGGUUCCGAUCAAGCAGGUUACGAUUACAAAGAAAUCAUUAAAAAAGAUCUCGAGUCUAAUCCUGAAGUUGGAAUAGUUAUCGAUAUUGGAGUUCUGUCGAACACUACUAAAACAGCUUAUCCAAUAAUUGGUAUUGAGGCUGCCGAAAAAGUUGCUCAUGGUGAAGCUGAUAGAGCUAUUUUAAUAUGUGGCACAGGUUUAGGUGUUGCUAUUUCUGCCAACAAAGUUAAAGGUAUUAGAGCAGUAACAGCUCAUGAUUCCUUCAGCGUUGAAAGAAGCAUCCUAAGUAACAAUUGCCAAGUUUUGUGUAUGGGUCAAAGGGUUAUCGGAUCAGAACUUGCAAGAAGACUAGCUAAAGAGUGGUUAACUUAUGUAUUUGAUCAAACUAGCGCUUCUGCUGAAAAAGUUAAAGAGAUUGUAAAAUAUGAAGGAUGUGUAUUAUGAAGAGUCUCACUAGAUAUUAAUUAAUAGUUCA